ACUCCGUCCGACAUAUCUACAGCGCUGCAAUUAGGUAUAGAGCACUCGGUUGGGAAAUUGUCUUCUAAACAUGAAAGAGAUGUUCUUAUGCAGGACUUUCAAGAUAUUGAUGUGGUUUUCUUUCCGAGAGAUGGAAGUACGUCAACUCCCGCACAUCAUCACGCCGAUUUUACCUUUAAAACAUACGCACCGAUAGCGUUCAGAUUUUUUCGUGAGCUAUUUGGUAUCAAACCGCAAGACUUUAUGAUAUCCAUGUGUGAUAAACGAUUGAAAGAAAUACGCAAUCCUGGAGCAAGUGGAUCCUUAUUUUUCUUAACCAAUGACGACAGAUUCAUAAUCAAGACUGUACAAAAAAAAGAAGCCCAGUUCUUACAAGAGUUACUACCAGGAUAUUAUUUGAAUUUUAGUCAGAAUAAAAAGACUCUCCUUCCGAAGUUUUUUGGUCUAUAUUCUUAUUCUACAAGUAGUGGCCAAAGAAACAUCCGCAUCGUAGUCAUGAAUAAUCUUUUACCAUCAGUUUAUCAGUAUCAAGUAAAAUUCGAUUUAAAGGGUUCGACCCACAAACGAAAAGCCUCAAAGAAUGAAAGAGAAAAAAAAUGCCCAACCUUAAAAGACUUAGAUUUCAAGACGGAACUUCCUGAGGGAUUCGGUGUUGACCCUACUAUAUAUGACUCCUUAACAAGAACCUUGGAAAGAGACGUUAGGGUAUUGAGAAGUUUUAAGAUUAUGGAUUAUAGUUUAUUAAUUGGUGUACAUAAAUUGACUGAAGUUUCAAGAUCAUGGUCCGUAAGUGAAGCUGACUCUAGGUUACGAUCGGCGUCCGGUGGUGCCUCUUCCAUAGAUGCGGUCACGGCAACGGCAAGAUUGGGGCGCAUUCACGCAUAUACUACAUCUGGAGAAGCCGUAAUGUUAUUCAUCGGAAUAAUUGAUAUACUUCAAAGUUACAGAUUUAUUAAGAAACUAGAGCAUACAUAUAAAUCAAUUCUUCACGAUGGUGAUGCGGUAUCAGUCACUAGUCCAGGAUUUUACAGUGAAAGAUUUGUUAAUUUUUGUAAAAGUAGUGUAUUUACGAAACGAAUUGGUAAGAAGCUGAGAUAUUAUUACCUAUAA